AAUCGAUGUUUUUCCACCUCUACCAAACCUGCCGAAAAUAUAAUUUUUAAGAACAUUGCGUUUAUUGUUAGUUAAUUGAAUUAAACAAAAUGGCAGGUGAUGGCGAGGCGGUUGGGGAGCUGGAAUCCCGCUUGGGGGAUGUGAGCCUGGAGGACAUAGGGGCGCGUCAUCGUCGCGAACGCAAGGAACUGCAGGCCAAGUUGCAGGCCAUGAAGAAGAAUGCCCCGAAGAAUAACAAAAACAAGAGGAAGGAGUUCCUGGAGGAGAUGGCUCGCUUAGAGGGAGAACUGGACCAGCGUCACAAGGCGGAACUGCAGUCGGCGGAGGCCAAAGACGCGCCAGCGGAGGCAGAAGUUAAGAAGCCAGCAGAGAAGCCUGUGCCAAAGGAUGAGGAGAACGAGGAAAAGCAGGAGGAGGAGGAGGAGGGUGAGGAGCAGCUGCCCUCCAAUCAGCGAGUGUCCAAGGCUCAAAAACGACGCGAUAAGAAAGCCAAGGAGGCGCGCGAACGCGAGGCGGAGAUCAAAACGGAACUCCAGAAUGCCGCCAAUCAGCCAACACCCAAAUUAAUCGAGCUCCAGCAGAUCACAGCUAAGCUAUCGGAACGCCAAUUGUCCCUCCAUAAUAUAGCUUCCGAUGGCGAUUGUCUGUAUCAGUCCAUCAGACACCAACUGAUUGUAAAUGCUCUUCCAGGUCACAGUGUUCAGGAGCUGCGAGAGGAGACGGCCAACUAUGUGCGUGCCCACAAGGAGUCGCUAAUCUCGUACAUGGUCCAUCCGGAAACGGGAGAUCUGCUGAACGAUCAGCAGUUCGAGAAUUACUGCCACGAUAUAGCCAAAACUCACGCCUGGGGCGGCCACAUCGAACUGAAGGCUAUAUCCUCGCUGCUGCGAGUGCCCAUUGAGGUCAUCCAAGCGGAGGGAGCACCCACACUGCUGGGACAAGAGGAGUUCGGUGGUUCACCGCUGGUCAUCUGCUACCAUCGCCACAUUUACCAACUGGGCGCCCAUUACAACUCAACAGUGCCAGUUGCCUAAAGCAAACACAAUCCCCAAUUACAACACAGAUAUACAGAUAACUCACUCGAUUUUGUAACCUUGUUCAUUAUUACACAUUUAUGUUGACAUUUAUAAAUACGCAUUAUGCAAUUGGAA